CGAUCGCAGUUUGUUUGGCAUGGCAAGGCAAGCGCCACAACCAAUAGGCGCCUUGGCAGCAAGUGGAGCCGCACGCGGAGCUCGGACAACACACAAAAAACUGUGUCGCCAUGGCAGCUGCGGCCAAUGGCGCGGACGACCAUGAGCUGCCGAUCUUCCACCCGUCCCCUCCGUGCGCGCACUACUACGUGCAGAGCCCCUCCGCGGCGUCGCACACGCUCAGCCACCCAGCGUCCGAGUCCAUGGCGCUCAUCCUCUCCCCGUUCCCCAACCUCCACCACGACGCCGACGACGCCCGCCCCUCCCGCGACGGCCGCGACCACGACCACGACCACGAGGAGGCCUCGCGACUCACCCUGUCCCGCUACUCCUCCUCCCGCGGCUCCAACAGCUCCUUCCCCGCCGGCGACAAGAAGCCCGGCCGACGGCGGCAGGUGCUGAGGGUGCUGUCGGGGCGCUCAUCGGGCGGCGUCCGCGGCGACGACGACGCGGACGGCGAGGCCCAGCGGAGCGGGGCGUGGCGGUACGUGAAGCUGGACCCGGAGGCCCCCUGCUGCUGCAUCGCGUUCCAGGUGGCGUGGCGGGUGGCGGCGAGCGCGGCGCUGGCGCUGCUCGUCUUCGUCCUGGCCACUAGGCCGCGGCACCCCGGGGUGUCCUUCAGGGUCGGCAGGGUCCAGCGGUUUGCGCUGGGCGAAGGCCUGGACGCCUCGGGCGUCGAGACCAGCUUCCUCAACUGCAACUCCUCCGUCGACAUGGUGGUCGAGAACCACUCCAAGGUCUUCACCCUGCGCGUCCGCCCGCCGCUGCUCGAGAUGUCCUUCGGCCGCUUCGUCUUCGCAACCUCGCAGGCACGCCUCGCACUCGCACACCCCUCGUCUCCAUCGAUCAGCUAGCUGAAUAGCUGAUCGAGCACGUGCACGCGCACGCAGUGACAGAGCCGGCUGAUUUAUUAGCUGCUGCAGCGAGACGGCGGGUCGUCGCACGACGUCGGGCCGCGCGGCACCUCGACGGUGAGGCUCUUCGUGGCGGCGCAGGAGAAGCCCAUGUACGCUGCGGGGCGCGGCAUGCAGGACCUGCUCGAGUCCAGCCGCGGCCUGCCGCUCACCAUCACGGUCAGGGCGCGGUCCCGGUACCGAGUGGUGGGGAGCCUGGUCAGGCUCACGUACCGCCACGACUCCCAGUGCGUCGUGCUCCUCAGGAGGAGGCCCAACAGGAGCAACGGCAUCGUCGCCGCCGCCGGCAGGGCCACCUGCUCCGCCGCAAGCUAGCGCGCGCUUUGCCUGGAUCGCGUACAGGAGCAACCGGAAUUCCUAGACGUACGUACCGUAAGAGGCAUGUCCGUGGGUGUGUAACCAUGAUUUUUGUGAUGCGUUGCAGUGUGUGACCAUGAACAACUGUGAUGUGGCGUGCGUGCACAGUGGUGUUUCACCGAAGCGACAGUGCAUAGUGGCGUGCCACUUCCCUUUUUUGAUUGGUUCCUUGUGCACUGUGUGUGUACUAUCGUUCCGUUCCGCUAUGCUUGUCCAAGACCUUGGGAGAGAGAACACGUCUCUCGAUGUUUGUCCAUUAAGAAGCAAACAGAAUUUCUAGACGUGCCGUAAGAUGCAUGAUCACGGGGCACAUAGUGGUGUUCCUUUUUUCAAUGAACAAUUCAGUUCUGAACAA